AUGGUGCAUGAGAAUUAUGAGAACCUGCACGGUGCUGCGCUUGGCGAGGUGGUCAACGGCCAGAAGACCUUCAUUUCGGGAGGAAUGAAUGCCGACUACUUCACCACAGGGGUCCGCACGAGUGGCAAGACCGGCAGCAAGGCGCUUGCCCACUUGCAUUCUGGCAUCUCAAUACUGCUGGUACCACGCCAAAGCGAUGGCCUCAACACGGACGCAGGGAUGGCUUCUCAGCACGACGCCGCGUGGAGUCAAGGGGUGUCAGGAAAAAGGACCUUGGUGACUUUUGACGAGGUGAAGGUGCCCGCAGAGAACCUGUUGGGGCGUGAAGGUGAUGGUUUCUUGGCCAUCAUGCGAAACUUCAACAACGAGAGGCUUGCCCUGGCCAUCACCGCCAAUCGGCAGGCUCGGGUCUGCCUGGAGGAGACGGCCCGGUCCUCAGAGUGCGUGUUGCGUGUUCUCAGCCUCUUAGCACGAGGAAUCGGAGCCACUUUGCUGGUGUACAACGAACGGUGA